AUGGUGUUUUCUACAGGUAUUACCGGUGGCAUCCCUUACACCCUUCCUAAUGUUGAGUAUAUACCCAUCGACGAUGUUGAAAAGCUUGAGCGGUACCGUCCAGGAGGGUACCAUCCCAUAACAAUCGGAGCGUGGCUGAAUGAUCGAUACCGCAUCGUCCAUAAGCUUGGUUUCGGUACAUACUCAACUGUAUGGUUGGCAAGAGACCAAGAGGCCGAAAAAUAUGUUGCCAUCAAGAUCACAGUCGCAGCAGGUGAUCCAGCAGAUUCCCAAGAAAGCAACAUCCUCCGUCAACUAGGCAUCGGAGAAUUGAAAGCAAAGCCGCACAUCGGGGCCGCAUAUAUACCUCGCAUACUAGAUGAGUUCUCCAUUUCCGGGCCCAAUGGGAUCCAUCGGUGUUUCGUCACCGUGCCGGGAAUGAUGAGCCUCGCCGAAGCCAAAGAUGCCUCGUCUGCUCGACUCUUCCAGCUGCCUGUAGCCAGAGCCAUCGCGGCCCAACUGGUCCAAGCUGUGGCGUUUCUGCACUCGCAGGGGAUCGUCCAUGCGGAUCUUCAUGCCGGCAACAUCUUACUCCGUCUCCCCGAGAGCAUGGACACUCUCUCGCCAGAGCGAUUAUACGAACAAUGUGGACGCCCUCAUACCGAGCCGGUGGAACGUCUAGAUCAGCGUCCACUCCCGAAUGGUGUCCCAAGCCAUGUUGUCGUGCCCGUCUGGCUAGGAAAAGCGAGCGAGCAGAUUUCUCCGUCAGAAGCUCAAAUAAUCGUCACGGACUAUGGAGAGUCCUUUACGCCGGCUACGACAAGGCGGCAUUACUCUCAUAUUCCAGCCCUUUUGGUUCCCCCAGAAGUUCAUUUCGAACCUCAAAGGCCACUUUCGUUUCCUGCUGAUAUAUGGACGCUUGCGUGCACUAUCUGGGAAAUUAUAGGGCAGCGGCCGCUGUUUGAGGGAUUCAAUCCGUCAGUCGACUGGGUAAUCAGAGAACAGGUUGACGCGCUUGGCAAGCUACCUCUGGAGUGGUGGGUGAAAUGGGAUUCCCGGACGAGAUGGUUCAACGAGGAUGGAACACGACACAGCGGUGCCAGUCCAAGGACCUGGGAGCAACGAUUCAGCGACUCGGUGCAGGAGCCAAGACAGGAGGCCAAGACGCAAGUGGUGGAAGAGGAGGAGCAAGCUGCCCUGCUGGCCAUGUUGAGGGCUAUGCUUGCAUUUCGGCCCGAGGAGAGGCCAACUGCGACGGAGGUUAUGGAGAGUGAAUGGAUGCAAAAAUGGGCUCUUCCUAGCUUGCCAAGUCAAAUGAAGGGAUAA